AUGGAUACUUCGUAUUCAAACUUAUUCAACCCUCUCUAUAUUUCUCACUUUUUGUUCCUUUUGUUUUUGGCAUCUUCAUGUCUGCACACUAGCAGUCACUUCUGUUUCUGUUUGGUUGAUGGAGUUCCAAGCACUGGUAGUGUGAGAUCAUGCAUCGAGGAAGAGAGAAGUGCGCUUCUCAGUUUUAAACAGGAUCUCAAGGAUCCCUCUGGAAGGCUUUCUUCUUGGGCGGGUCGCGAUUGCUGUCAAUGGCAAGGGAUUUCGUGUAACCGCAAUGGUCACGUGGCCAAGCUGAACCUCCGAAAUCCAUAUGACUGGAAAACUGAAGAUUUCAACAUCCAGGAUCCACAUUCAUAUGUUUGGAGGUAUGAUGAAAGGCGGGACGAGUUGGCUUAUCAUGAGGAGUCUUAUUUGGGAUUCACAUGCAUCAUUUUGCUUAUCAUGAGGAGCUACAAUGAUUUUGAUGGGAUUCACAUUCCUAAGUUCUUUGGGGAGCUUAAAAGUCUGAGGUAUCUCAAUAUAUCUCAUGCAUCAUUUUCGGGAGAGAUUCCCCAUUCUCUCAGUAAAUUGUCAAAAUUGAACUAUCUUGAUAUUGAUAUCUCUUCUGAUUAUGUUAGCUCAAUGCAUUCCAAAAGCUUGAAUUGGCUUUCACAUCUCUCUUCCCUAAAAUACCUCAAUCUCAAUAGAGUGAAUCUUAGCAGCACAGGAGUUCCAAAUUGGCUGCAUCAUGUUAACAUGCUUCCUUCCUUACUGGAGUUACACUUAUCUGGUUGCUUGUUUGAAAGCCUUCCACUAUCACUACAGAAGAUUAACUUCACCUCACUUUCGGUCCUUGAUUUGUCAUAUAAUUCGUUCAAUACUUCUUCAUCUCCCAGCUGGCUUUUCAAUCUUACCAACCUCAGAAAACUUGAUUUAAGCAAGAAUUCUUUCGGUGGUCCUUUUCCCGAUGAACUUGCAAGCCUCAAAUCCCUGGAAUACCUAGAUUUAACUUAUUUGGGCCUCAAGGGUCGAAUUCCCAGAGUCAUUGGAAAUAUGUGCAAACUGAAGUUUUUAAGUCUUAGUAGGAACGAAUUUUAUGGUGAGAAAAUUGAAGAGUUUUGGGGGAGUUUGUCAAACUGUCCAAAUAAUACAAUAGCAUUAGAAUUACUAGAUUUGUCUUCUUGUGGGCUCGAAGGCCAACUGCCGGACUCCUUAGGAAUGUUAACAAGUUUGCAGCAUCUUAACCUCGAGAAUCUCUUUCUUUGGGGUUCCAUUCCAGAAUCUAUCGGAAACUUGUCAUCCUUGAAAACAUUGGACCUGUCUAGUAAUAAUAUGAACGGCUCAAUUCCAGAAAGUUUGGGAAAACUCUCCGAGCUAGUUAAACUAGAUCUUUCUUGGAAUUCAUGGGAAGGCAUUCUAACGGAAGCCCAUUUCAUAAAUCUCACCAAAUUAAAAGCCAUUUCAAUAUCCAAUAUGAUAAAUGGAAAGCCCAUGUCCCUCGUUUUAAAUGUGGCUUAUGAUUGGGUCCCUCCUUUCAAGCUCCACACACUUAACAUUGGAGACUGCAGAGUAGGUCAUGGUUUUUGGGUAUUGCUUCAAUCUCAAACUGAACUAGUAUAUGUCAGCCUUCGUAAUACUUUCAUCUCGGAUUCCAUACCAGAGGAAUGGUUGUCGAAGAUAUCUUCUCAAGUCAAACUUUUGGAUUUAUCUUACAACAACUUCAGUGGAAGGCUUCCAUUACAAUUGAAGUUUCCCAAGCUAUCUCGUAUCAAUUUGGGUCGUAAUCAAUUGGAGGGCCCACUUCCAAUUUGGCCCACUAAUGCCUCUUUCUUAGAUCUUCAAAGCAAUUUAUUUUCCGGGCCAAUUCCCUCCAAUUUAGAUCAAUUGAUGCCCGAAUUGACUCAUCUUCAUGUUUCUGAGAAUUAUUUGAAUGGUACUAUUUCACUCUCUAUUUGCAACAUGAAGGAUAUGGGAGUCAUUUCGCUAAGAAACAAUCAACUAUUUGGAGAGUUCCAUCAACGGUGGAGUUCGUGGCAUAUAGUCAGUAUUGAUGUCUCACACAACAAUCUUUCUGGAUUGAUAGUGUUACAACUGCGAUCCAACCUUUUAAGUGGGCAUAUCCCUAACCAUUUCUGCAAUCUUGUUAGCCUUCGCGUCCUAGACCUUUCUCACAACAACUUUUCAAGGACCAUUCCCAAGUGUUUGAAAAAUAUGACUACUCUAGUCGAAGUUAAAGGUGUAAUCAUGGGUUUCCCGGGCUUUGAUACAUAUAAUGGACAAAUAACAAUAACGUCAAAAGGGGAAGAGCUCGAAUAUAGAGAUGACCAGUUAGCCUCGUGGGGAAACUUGAUUGAUCUUUCGUCAAACAAUUUUGAAGGUGAAAUCCCUGAACAAGUAGGCAGUCUGGUUGGAUUGAAUACAUUGAACUUGUCGAUGAAUCGAUUAACUGGAGAGAUUCCUUCAAGCAUCGGAAAAUUACGUUGGCUUGAAACUCUUGAUCUCUCACACAACCAGCUUUCAGGACAUAUCCCUCAAAACUUUUCUUCUUUAACCUUCAUAUCUCACUUCAACUUAUCUUACAACAACUUGAUUGGAAAUAUACCUUUGGGAAACCAACUCCAAACCCUCAAUGAUCCAUCUAUUUAUGAAAGCAAUCCGUUAUUGUGUGGGGCUCCUCUUUCGACUGUUUGCCCUGGAGAUGAUACACGUUCAAGACAGACUUUUACUUUGGAAGAUCAUAGUAAAGAUGAUAGCGAAAUGUUUUGGUUUUACGUUGGCAUGGCACUUGGUUUCAUUAUAGGUUUUUGGGCUGUUUGUGGAACGUUGGUCCUAAAGAAGCCAUUGAGGUAUGCAUAUUUUAAAUUCUUUGACAACGUGAAAGGAAAAGUAGCCUUAAUAAUUACACUGAAAGUAGCUCGUUGGCAAGGGAGAUUAUGA